CCGACAAUGAAGCGUAUUUGCUACAUCCGCACUACAUUACCCACAAUCCUCUGGUGUGUGCGUCUGGGUGUGUGAGAAAAAGAUUAAAAUUGGACCAUCUGCAGACUUUGAUUUAGCAUCAAUGGCUGCAGCAGAUAUGUUCUACAGGGCUUUGCUGUAGUAAACCAUUGCGCUUCGAUCGUUUCUCAGGAGGAUCUGUGGCAGGUGCCACCAUCACUGUACCCUCACCUGACAUCAGUAACCGGACCAAAAUGGAGGCUAGUUUUGGAUCCACGUUUCCAGCAGUCCCUCAAGUAGCAAAAGCGGAAACUAAUUACAAACAGCACCGUAGAACCCCUUCAUCCUCCAGCACUCUGACCUACUCCCCUCGUGACGACGAUGAUGGCAUGCCGCCCAUUAGUACCCCUCGUCGCUCAGACUCUGCCAUCUCGGUUCGUUCUCUGCACUCCGAGUCCAACAUGUCUCUGCGCUCCACCUUUUCCCUGCACGAGGAAGAGGAAGACACAGAGCCACAGGUGUUUGCGGAGCAGCCCUCAGUUAAGCUUUGUUGCCAGCUGUGCUGCAGCGUGUUCAAGGACCCCGUCAUCACCACCUGCGGACACACAUUCUGCAGGCGAUGUGCCUUGACCUCAGAGAAAUGCCCUGUGGAUAAUUCCAAGCUCACAGUGGUCGUGAAUAACAUAGCGGUGGCCGAGCAAAUCGGAGAGCUUUUCAUCCACUGCAAGUACGGCUGUCGGCCAGCUGCCUCAGGCAAACCCGGUGCCUUUGAGGUUGACCCACUUGGCUGUCCUUUCACCAUCAAGCUUAGCACCAGGAAAGAUCAUGAAGUAAGCUGUGACUACAGACCUGUUCGCUGUCCCAACAACCCCAACUGCCCUCCGUUACUCACCAUGAACCUGGAGGCACAUCUGAAAGAGUGUGAACACAUUAAGUGCCCUCACUCUAAAUAUGGUUGCACCUUCAUCGGGAAUCAGGACACAUAUGAGACGCACCUGGAGGUGUGUAAGUUCGAGGGCCUGAAGGAGUUUCUCCAGCAGACGGAUGACCGAUUCCAUGAGAUGCAGGUGACACUGGCGCAGAAGGACCAGGACAUCUCGUUCCUGCGCUCCAUGUUGGGCAAACUCUCUGAGAAACUAGACCAGCUGGAGAAGAACUUGGAACUCAAGUUCGAUGUGCUGGAUGAGAACCAGAGUAAACUCAGUGAAGAUCUGAUGGAGUUCAGACGAGAUGCUUCCAUGCUGAAUGAUGAACUGUCUCACAUCAAUGCCAGGCUCAAUAUGGGAAUACUGGGCUCCUACGACCCCCAGCAGAUCUUCAAAUGCAAGGGUACUUUUGUGGGCCACCAGGGUCCGGUGUGGUGUUUGUGUGUCUAUUCUACGGGUGAUCUUCUCUUUAGUGGGUCGUCAGAUAAGUCCAUCAAGGUUUGGGACACAUGCACCACAUAUAAGUGCCAGAAGACCCUUGAGGGCCAUGAUGGCAUAGUGUUGGCAUUGUGCAUUCAGGGAAACAAGCUUUACAGUGGCUCAGCUGACUGCACCAUUAUUGUUUGGGAUAUCCAGACCCUGCAGAAAGUGAACACCAUCCGGGCACAUGACAACCCAGUGUGCACUCUGGUGUCCUCACACAACAUGCUAUUCAGCGGCUCUCUCAAAGCCAUUAAGGUGUGGGAUAUUGUGGGCACGGAGCUGAAGCUAAAGAAGGAGCUAACUGGCUUGAAUCACUGGGUUCGAGCUCUGGUUGCUUCUCAGAAUCAUCUGUACAGCGGAUCUUAUCAAACCAUAAAGAUCUGGGACAUCCGUUCUCUGGAGUGUGUCCAUGUGCUCCAGACCUCUGGAGGCAGUGUGUACUCCAUUGCAGUCACUAAUCAUCAUAUAGUUUGUGGCACCUACGAGAACCUCAUUCAUGUUUGGGACAUUGAGUCGAAAGAGCAGGUGCGGACACUGACGGGCCACGUGGGCACAGUGUAUGCCCUGGCUGUCAUCUCAACCCCCGAUCAGACCAAAGUGUUCAGUGCCUCCUAUGAUCGCUCUCUCAGGGUGUGGAGCAUGGACAACAUGAUCUGCACCCAGACUCUGCUGCGGCACCAGGGCAGCGUGACGGCGCUCGCUGUGUCCAGAGGAAGACUCUUCUCUGGAGCUGUAGACAGCACUGUAAAGGUGUGGACGUGCUAAACGUGACGGCUAAUCAUUAUUAGUUGUCAACAUUUUGAGUAAUGUGUCGCUAAUCUCCUGGAAUUUAGAAACCACAUGGACUCUGAUGCACGGACUUAUAGUAUGAAUAAGAACAUUAUUCAAGAAAACAUUACAACAUGCAUUGGACCAGAAAUGUUUUUAGUCUGUACCCUAUGGACUCGGAUGUCUGUCCCUUGUGAAUUUUGCAGUAAACUGUUAGACAAAGACGCCUUGCUUCAUGCUCUGGAUGGAUGUUGCUCGUUUGCUUUCCUCUUACCAGACACCUCUUGACAGCAAACAGAACCUCCAAACCUUCAGUGUUUAUGAACAUUCGUCAUAAACAUGACAACACCGUAUUUUAUAUACACACGAUCAUUUCCUAGGAAAGUAUGAUUUAGAUUUGCUAAGACUUCCAGUCAAAGGUCAUGUUCCCUGCAGACCAUGGAAAAGUUGCUGCGUCAGUGGCCUCAGCGAUGGCUGUUGAACUUUGACCUUAAUGAGCUGCAGUCUCUUGACUGAGUGAGUGCCUAAGCUUGAGUCUGAUGCCAGUGGAGAUGCAUGGAGCGACCAUCAUCCCAGGGCUGAAUGAAGACCUACACUACACCAACUUGGGCCUGAAACAGCAGAGCAUUGUUCUGGACAACACAGUACCCAUGUUUUUUAUCUCCGAUUUGACAGUGCCAACUGAGCUCCCGGAAUGGCUCAGAUAUUUUCUAACUGCCUGUUGACCGACGUGAAACCUUUGUAUGACGCUGUAAUGACCUACUCAUUCAUCAAGUUUUUGUGUAAAUAAUGCGAUGUUUCUUUACCAAAGGUGCAACUGCUUCAUGCAUGCUUCCAUGUUUGCUGUGGAAGCCAGAUUUUGCCCAUGCAAAUCUAGCAAGACUUUUAUAAUGUAAUUCAUGCUAGUUACUUAACAGAUUUGAAAUGAAUAACAGUAAUUAGUUUGAGUGUAAAGCACUUAAUUCAAGAAGUAAUGAGGUUAAUGGAGGGGAAGGGAGCACUGUGUUGCAUUAAUGUGAAGUUGAGUUCCUCUCUCAGCUUAAGGUGGUAAUUCACCCAAAAAAGAAUCAUUAAAAAAUUGUUAUCUUUUACUCAUUUUCAUGACUCGAUUUCUUCUGUGGAACUUGUUUUUUCCAUACAGUGCAAUCAGUGGUAACCAAAAUUGUUCAAAACUUUUUAUGUUCAGGUUUUAAACAAUGUGACGGUGGGUAAAUUGACAGAACUUUUAUUUUUGGGUGAGCUCUCCCUUUUACCUGAAGUGUGCUAGAUAAGUCGAUGUUAAUCAAGACAAAAGGCGUAAAAACAGCUGCUAUUUUAGAUUUUAAAGUGCCUUUUUGUGGCAUAGAGCUACUCAAUCCAGCUCUGCACAUUUAGGACAAGACCCCCUCAUUAAGCUGAGAGAGGAUAUGAGCUUGAGACUGUUCCAACUGAAAAUGGUUACUUGUAUAAAAUACAUAAACUUUUAAUGCUUGUAUUGAGUGAAUUGGAGUCUUUUACCCUCACGUAAUAUGGCACUGACUCCCUCUAGUGUCCUUAAUGCAUUUUGUGUUAAGAAAUAAAUCUGUGAAGGGCUGUGUGGCCCUUUGGUACAAGCUUGUUAAGUUUUUUUUUGAGGAGUGCUUAGUAUUUUAUGUGUUAACUAAUGAAACACUGUGGUGUUGAGCAGUUUCCAGCUGGUCUUGUUGGUGUUCAGUAAUUGGACGGCUACGAGAGUGUUUGUAUAUAAUGUUUAUUUAGAGCAGGUGGUUGUUGAUGCAGUCACUGCAAGCACACCACUGUUCCCAAUGCCAGUCACAGCAGGUAUCAUACAAGUCAAUGGCAGAACAUCAACACAAUAUACAGCCUGCACACACUGAGCAGUGCAGAUUUCUUUUUCUAUUUUUUCUUUCUUUUUUUAAAUGUCUCUGCAAAUAGGAUGGAAUUGAAAACAGCUUUCAUUAUUAAAUAACAUCUUGCACCAACAAUAAGUUUGACUUCAGUGUUUUCAGAAUUUCCUUAUUUUUCAUUGUUUUUUGUUUUUUUUAUCUUCUCUGGUAUUAAAAAAGACGAAAGAAAAAAACAAGCAAACAUGACAAGAAGAAAAUGACGAAAUGAGAACUUUAAAGUGGAGAAAACAAGUUUUUAAAAAAAGGAUGAAGAUUCACAGUGACAAACAUCCAGCUAUAUAUACAGAAGAAGGGGGGGAGGGGGGGACAGGGCCGUAACAGCUCAAUUAACACUGGAUCGACACCCAGUCCUUUGAAGCGAUGGGCAUGAUAAAGCUUUUAUAAAAGCCAUUCCCAUGCCAGACAUCUGCGCUCUGUCCACAGAGGAGACCGCAACAAAAAGGGAUGUAAUUCUGAACAUCUGGUGGACAAAGACCGGCCACAUAUCCUCUACACAUUGUUCAAACAUGAAAAACAAAAUGAAAAGAACUAAAGCAAGGCACAUACAUGUUUUUAAAAAAACAUAACAUUUGCAUAAUAUACAACUUAUUCCAUCUGAAAACAUGGCAGUCAAAAAACUUACCACAAAAAGCUACCUUAAAAAAGAAAACUGGAGUUCUAAAAAAAUGACCAUUUACAAUUCAUUUAAAACACUCUCAGCCAAGAAGACACUUUUAUCUCAAAUAUUUGCAGUUUCAUCAACAAGCCCUCUUGAUGCUGCAUCAUUAAAUACUUGUUGAAAACAUCUAUAAUAAUCUCUGUUCAUAACUUAAAUAUUACAAAUAUUCUUCUGAGAACCGAGGAAGGGGUUAAGCAUAUAUGGAGCUACUGAAAGUGUGUAAAGCAUUGUGGGACCUACGCAACUACUUUUCUUGCUUGUGUCCCCUUCCUUUGGGCCCUUUCUUUAAUUACAUUUAAGAUCAUUUUGAUACUGUGACGAUUCUAAUAAUGAGCAGGCAGAUUGUCAUGGCAACAAAGAUGGUUAAAGAUAAUGAGAGACUGUGAGUUUGCUGGCAAUGAGCUAAUGACAUUCAGAGGCUUGCAAGAGGUUCACUUGUGACCGGUGCUGUCAUAACGCUCCCACUGUAAAUGAGAGAGCAAGGCAUCUGGAAACAUCUCAUGUCCACAGAGACCAAACUUUACAACUGUAAAAGCGUCACUCAGUCUACCCUCAACGUGUCACUAUAAAGUGAAUAUGUUUAACCUAGAUACUGCUAUGUUUUUCAGAAUAAGCUAUGGACCCAAGCUUAACUGCAUCUUGGACUGGUGCUCUUACUUUGGUCAUUAAGGAAAUGUCUGUCUGGAUGAUAUUGGGGGGAAUGCAAAACAAAGCAGGCACACCAUGGUACAUUCACACCCUUAAUCAGCCGCUGAGCGAUGUGCUGAGAUUAGACUGCAUGCAGGCUUCCAAUGGAACUACACCUGUCCGAACUCACACAGCCUUAAGCUAAGAAGAUUCCUUAGGUGGAAAUACUGAGCAUCAAGCCACAUCAACAUUUGCAAAAUCCUUGUUAGUUCACUGUCAGUCUGUACAUGCAUGUUUCUUUUAGAUUCACGUUUUAUGCAACUUCCUCACUUUGUGCUUCCUGACGUCCCACCCUCUGCAAGCCGUCAACCUUCAAUGGACCCUUUUACCUUGUUCUCGCCUGUGAUUCUGAGGUCACUCAUAGAGUCAAAGUCAACAUAACCCUAAUUAGAUGCAUGAUCCUGGUCUCAUUUAGAACAAUUCAUCAUUGCACUUUACAUACACACACACACACACACACACACACAGGCUAUUGCAUAAUGCUAACCAAUCGCUAUUCUGGUAUCCAGUGCCUACCUUCAGUCAACUACCAAACAAAUUCUGUUUCCCUUGCAUAUCCUGGAAAUGCAUCACAUCAUGGAAAUAAACUGGCAAUUCAUGUUGGUUUCAAGGCCUAAACUGUAUAUCACCUUGCUGCAGAUGACUGAAGCAUGGAGAUGUCCAAGGAUGAGGUCACUUCUCACCAAAUCAGAGCACACAGGGUAAUGCCUCCCACAUGGACAUGGCCUUUCUCAGUUUGAACCAGUUGGCUUGUGUGUAUUAGAAGCACUGAGGUCACCUCUCUUGUUAAGGCACACAGGACACUGCACAUGAUGAGAGCAGGAGGAGAAAGAGGGCAGGUGAAGGAGGAAGGCUGUGCGGGAGCAGGAAUGUAUGAGUUCGCACAGGCAGAACGUGAGUGGAAACAUAAAGGGUCACAGCAGCACAGAGCGGGAGCCCAGAGCAAGCACAGAGCAGGGGGUGAAACAGCCACUUCAGUCACUUCACUACAUUCAACACAGCCCACAACACUCUUCAGCAGAGCACAGCCAAACAUACAGGAUGUUUAAGCCAGGCUUAUUAUUAUUCUUUUUUUUUUUUUUUAAACUUCAAUAUAGUCAUAGAAAAAUCCACAUAUCUGUCAUCAAAGUUUAUAGAUUUCUUAAUGUUUCAACACUGUGUGUACCAUUGAACAUGAAAUAAAAACAUAAAAUAUUUAUAUUUAUAUUUAUUUAUAUAUAUAUAUAUAUAACUGUACUAAUGCAUGACUCUCACUAUGAGAUUUUUUUCUUUAUACAUACAAACUUUCCUCAUGCUUACAAUAUACACAUACCAUACUAUUAUUUCAUAUACAGUUAUUAUUGUUUUUGUAUUAUUUUACUACUCAUUGCUCAUGGUAGAUACAGAUAUUUCAUGGACAGAGAGUUGAGCUUUAGGUAUUAAAACCCAACCUCUGCUCUCCACCCUCUGCUCUGUCUUUGAUGUUUAAAGCCCUGGAUGGCCUUCUGCCCAGUCCUGAGGUACAUCAG